AGAUCGGAGAUUGGUAAUAGUCUGACUACCUGAAAUGGCAGUUUUCAAUGGCUCACUUCGAAGACACAACAAUGGCACCCAGCCAGGAGCUUCCCCCUUUUGUGCCCUGCGUGACCUUUGCCUCUGAACUUCCCAAUGCAUUGAAGGAGCAUCGAAUUGGACCACUUAUCGAUGAAAGGCAGUUACAACGACGCCUCUACUAUGGCAUUGAGAUAUUACCUCGCACUGAAAAUCAUCCCGUGUGUCUGAAUUUUAGCCGUUUUUUGCCGGUGCUACCCCUCUUCGUUAGCGUAGCCUGGCUGGGUAGGUCAUCCUGGUUUGUGGAGCCUGUAGGUCAGGUGGAAAGUCUUCAGCUGGCUAAGCAUCUUGCCCCACGAAUUCCCGUAAUGCCACACUUGACCCUAUAUAGACUAUCCGAAGAGCGUCUCGAUCAGUUUCUGGAUCUUAAAUUUCGCAAUGUGUUGGCCUUGAGAGGCGAUGAGAUUUAUCCCUCGCAGAGUUUUCGCUAUAGCAAAGACAUUGUGGUAAAAGCGAAAGCCAGAUCAAAGGAUAAAAUGUCCGUCUGCGUGGGUGGAUUUCCAGAGGGUUACAACAGACCCAAGGGAAUGCCUCCAAAUAUAACAUUACACUUGAAAUUCCUCAAAGAAAAGGUGGAUGCAGGAGCAGAUUGCAUUAUCACACAGGUGUGCUAUCAACAUGAAACCAUCAUUGAUUAUGUGAAAAAAGUCCGGGAAGCUGGUAUUACAGUUCCCAUUCUGAUCGGAAUUACAACAUACGAAACCUAUAAGAAAUACAAAACUAUAGAGAGAUUACAGGGCGCCAGACUAAAGCCUCAAUUGUAUAAAAAACUUGUCAAGAUGAACAAUGAAUUUCUAGAGGAUCCUAGGAAAAAUCCCUAUCAGAUUAGAGAAUUUUUCAUUGAACUUUACAUACAUCUUAUUUGUCAAAUACUGAAAUCGAAAAUAGAAGUGUUUGGAUUUCAAAUCUUUACCCUGAACAAUUUAGGAGCUACGGCAGCUUUACUACAGGAACUUCAUAAGCAACAUUUAUUUGAUGAAAAACUGCCCGAAGUAUGCAAACCACUUGAUAGUAAUUUAAUGGAUUCCGAUUCCUCACGAAAACGCACCGGGCUCAAGCGACAUUCAAAUCUUCGAUUGAAUCAUUAUUAUGGAAAAGGCUAAUAAAAUUGUGGUUUUUCAAAACACAUACAAAAUGUUAAUAAAUUGUUAAAGAUGAUUUUAA